CUCCAGAUAAGUUUUGACAGCUGUAGGUUGAGAGGGAGGAGGGAGUAGAGCUGCUAUUUUUAUCUCCCUUCCACAGAGGCCUGCAGCAGAUGCAGAAACCACGUUUCCUCUCUCCAGAAAGUGAUCAGUCCUUCUGGAUCUCCUUUCCCUUUCUGGCCGACGGGAGAAACUUCUGGAGCUCUGACGAGACAUAAAGACCCGGAGACGCAGCCGGGUGGGAGCAAGGUUUCCAGACGUGAGCAGAGAGAUCCAGAUAGAGGACGAGCAACAGACCGACAUGGCUCUGCUGUGCUACAACAAAGGCUGCGGAGAGAAGUUUGACCCUGACAAGAACAAGGAUGAUUCCUGUCUCUUCCAUCCGGGAGUUCCCAUCUUCCACGACGCCCUGAAGGGCUGGUCCUGCUGCAAGAAGAGGACGACCGACUUCUCAGAGUUCCUCUCCAUCAAGGGCUGCAGCCGCGGGCGCCAUGACAACGUGCAGCCCCAGGAGCCCCUGAGGCCGGCGGUGUCGUCAGAUAAGGGGGGGAUUAAACACACGGCAGACCAGGAGAUCAUCUACCAAGGCCCCAAAUCUGCUGAGACGCUGCAGAGAGAGAGGCCCAGUUCUGAAGAGCCCAGGACCAAGCUGCCUCACAAGGUGUCGGCGUCGCUGGUUCAGGUGCUGGAGAAGCUGGACAUCAACAUGAACGCCGACAUGGAGAAGAAAGAGAGUGAGGCGGUCAUGGUCGGGACCCGCUGCAAGAACCCAGGCUGCAAGACAGUCUACCAAGGCCCAGAGACGGACAUGGAGGUCUGCACCCACCACGCCGGAGGCCCCGUCUUCCACGAGGGAUAUAAAUACUGGAGCUGCUGCUGCAUCAGGACGACAGACUUCAACGCUUUCCUGGAUCAAAAGGGCUGCAGCACGGGGAAGCACCGCUGGGUCCCCAAGAAGGACAAAAAGAAGGUGGCGUGUCGACACGACUGGCACCAAACUGGGAACAACGUCGUCGUAACAAUUUACGCCAAGAACUCGAACCCGGAACUUUGCACCAUCGAGGCCAACCAGACGGUGCUCUCGUGUCUAAUCCAGUUUGACAACAAUCACAUCUUCAAGAGAGAGUUCCACCUCUGGGGGGUGAUCAACGUCAAGCAGAGCUCCGUCAACAUGGUCCCGUCCAAGGUGGAGGUCACGCUCCGAAAGGCCGACCAGGUGGCCUGGGGCAAGCUGGAGGACCCCACCUACGUACCCGAGCCGGAGCCUGUCGACGACACCGUCGCCGAGGACAACGAGCCCCAUCCGCCCGACUGGGAAAUCGACGACGACGACAUCAGCGACUCGGACGAGGAAUGGGCCUACGACACUCCGGAGAAUAGGAAGAGAGGGCAGAAGGCCGGCGACGGGGGGGAGGACAAAGAGAUGGAAGCCCAGAACCUAAAGAGGAAGGAGGUGGAGGAGGAGAUGAAGAGGGCGAUGGAGGAGAAGAAGAGGGCAGAGGAGGAGAGGAGGAAGCUGGAGGAGCAGAGGAAGCAGGAAGACCAGGAAGGAUAUGAAGACAUGCCGGAGCUGGAGGAUGAUGCUGAGGUGGAGUAAUAGUUUUUGAAGCACAAACGUGGUUCCUGCUGCCUCCUGCUUACUUUGAAAGUCCUUCAUAAACAAUUUAACAGCCAUCAGGAAGUGAUCAGAAACAAGUUACCUGUGAAAUGACCGCUCUACUCUCCAUAUGCACACGUGAAUGUUGCUAUUUUUCAGCUUGAUCAAAAUAAAUAAACUUUUCUAUGUCUAUUCCCGCGGCUGAGUUUCUGUCUGAACGUUCUCGUGUAACGUUUGAUGAGCAGCAGCUGAGAUCGGCUCAUGAAAAGCUCCUCGUCAGUGAUUCCAGGUGAUGAAACCGUCUCAUCCUGUCCACAGCCCUCACCCCUAACCCUCGUCCCAUGAGUCAAACACUCCUACAGCAGCAGCUGAGGUCGGUUUUAUGUUUCCAUGGUGACCUGAAAAUGUGGGUGCAGUUAUAAGAAGAAAAACUUAACGUGAAACACUGAUAUCAACGAUAGGUUUGGUGCCAAUAAACAUUAUGCAAGUAUAUGUAAACAGAGGUGCCAAGUAGAAAGUUUGGUUAUCUAUACUUCACUGGAGUAAUUAUUUUUCAGACGACUUUUUACGUUUACUCCACAAUUAUCUGUACUUUUUACUCCUUACAUUUUAAAAACAGCCUUGUUACUCUGUUUCAUUUCGGCCUUUAAAAAAAAACUAUCCAGUUAAAUUGCUCCAUCCGGAUAGAGUGAAUUUGGUUGUGGUUGUUUCAGAUGUUCUUGUCCAGUUUUGUUCUUACAUCCGUUCCCUCAGAU